UACCACUUCAUAUAAAUGGCCCCUGCCACCCCUCGUACUCUUCAGCCCAUUCCAUCUCCCUUCCUGUUAUCAAUGGCUCUUCAUCUAUAUCAAUCAUCUCCGUUAAUGCCGGCGGAUGGCUCCGCGCCGUUCUCCAUCCCGGCUCAGAAGAUCGGCUUCUCAUCUCGGUUUCUUCCCUCUCCGUCGAGCCAUCUCUGGCUGUCUAAGGACGUAAGCCUGCAGCCGAGGAGCGGGAGGAAGCAGAGUGGGGCCUGUAGAGCGAGGUGCAGCUUGGAGACGGCCAUCGUGAGUGCUGGACAGGUGAUGGAGGUGAACAAGGACAACUUCUGGCCCAUCGUCGGAGCUGCCGGUGACAAAACCGUCGUCCUUGACAUGUACACCCAAUGGUGCGGUCCCUGCAAGGUGAUGGCUCCGAAGUUCCAAAAUUUGUCUGAGAAGUACCUCGAUGUUGUCUUUCUAAAGCUAGACUGCAACCACGAGAACAGGCCUCUAGUGAAGGAGCUUGGGAUAAGGGUGGUUCCUACAUUCAAGAUUCUCAAGGACAGCAAGAUUGUGAAGGAAGUGACCGGGGCCAAAUUCGACGAUUUAGCUCUGGCCAUCGAGACUGUCCGAUCGAGCUGAAUCUCUUCUCUUGUUCUCUACCCACUGUAAAAAUGUCCAAUGCUACAAAGUCGAAAGGGGCAAAGUUCAUACAAAUUACAUAUUCUUUUCCGGGUACGAGGUCGAAGUUGAUUUGGGUAUUCUAGGAGGGAUGUUUACGGUUUACGAUGUGUACGGUAAAAUGGAAAGAGGAUAUGCAAUGGCUGUAUUAUGAGCUCAUAAUCAAUGCAAAACAAAUAACUUUCGGGAUAUUAAAA